GCGGCCGGGGGUCCGGCUCGGAUGGCGGAGGGCGUCCAGCAGCAGCAGCAGCAGCAGCAGCUCUUGCCCGGCGGCGCCGGCGGCGGACUAGCCCCUCGAGGGCUCAAGCGGGAGCCCGAGCUGGAGCAGCCGAUGCCCGGAGGCGACGGGGCCGAGAGCGGCCAGAGCAAGAGGCUGCGCACCGAGGCGGAGGCGGCCGAAGGCGGCGGCAUGCAGAAUGAGCCUCUGACCUCCAGUUAUCAUGGGUACCCAACCAGAGACAGUCAGGGUAACCAGGAGCCGACAGCCACUCCUGACACAAUGGUCCAGCCAUUCACAACAAUCCCAUUCCCACCUCCCCCACAGAAUGGGAUCCCCACAGAGUAUGGGGUACCCCACACUCAGGACUAUGCAGGCCAGACCAGCGAGCACAAUCUGACAAUCUAUGGCAGUACACAGGCGCAUGGAGAGCAAAACACGAAUUCAGCCACUACACAGAAUGGAUCUCUUACGCAGACAGAAGGAGGGGCACAGACGGAUGGCCAGCAGUCACAGACACAAAGUAGUGAGAAUACUGAGAGCAAGUCUACUCCAAAGCGGCUGCACGUCUCCAAUAUUCCCUUCCGCUUUCGGGAUCCUGACCUCCGGCAGAUGUUUGGGCAAUUUGGCAAAAUCCUUGAUGUAGAGAUAAUCUUUAAUGAACGUGGCUCCAAGGGAUUCGGGUUCGUAACUUUCGAGAAUAGUGCUGAUGCAGACAGGGCCAGGGAGAAAUUACACGGCACCGUGGUAGAGGGCCGUAAAAUCGAGGUUAAUAAUGCUACGGCACGAGUGAUGACUAAUAAGAAGAUGGUUACACCGUAUGCGAAUGGAUGGAAGCUGAGCCCAGUGGUUGGAGCGGUGUACGGCCCUGAAUUAUACGCAGCAUCCAGUUUUCAAGCAGAUGUCUCGCUGGGCAAUGACGCUGCAGUGCCCCUGUCAGGAAGGGGGGGUAUUAACACUUACAUUCCUUUAAUCAUUCCUGGCUUCCCUUACCCAACUGCAGCCACCACAGCCGCCGCGUUCAGGGGAGCCCAUCUGAGAGGUCGAGGACGAACAGUGUAUGGUGCGGUGCGGGCGGUACCUCCAGCGGCUAUCCCAGCCUACCCAGGGGCGGAUAUGCAGCCUACAGAUAUGCACAGCCUGCUACCGCAACAGCAGCCACUGCUGCGGCAGCCGCUGCAGCGGCUUACAGCGAUGGCUAUGGCAGGGUGUACACAGCAGACCCUUACCACGCCCUUGCCCCUGCCGCUAGCUAUGGAGUUGGCGCUGUGGCAAGUUUAUAUCGAGGCGGCUACAGCCGAUUUGCCCCCUACUGAAGUGACGUGACCCCCUGCAAGUGGGACAGCCCCCCCAGUUCAUGAGGCCUGGCUAUUGCAAUAUUUACUAGUAGAGGAACUCUAUAGCAAGAAGAGGAGGAAAACAAAAGAAAAAAAAACAAGAGAAAUACUUUUUUAUACCUCACUAUGUUCUUUGAAUAUGUAUUUUUCCUUUAAAUUUCUGCCUUUAAUUCUUUUGUUCCAAAGAUUGUGCAUUUUUUGGGUUUUUUGGUUGUUUUUUAACUGUGGUAAACAUAAUGCAUUUCCAUGUCUAUAUAUGCGUAGCUUAUCCUACCAAUCACAAAAGAGACAAAUAGUGCUAAGGGGCACCAUUAGGAACCAAUAUCAUGGAACUAAAAUCAGGAACAUGCAGGCGUUCGUUUUGCCAGGGUCGGGA